AUGCCUCUUUCCGAUCAUCCCGACAGCAGCACGGACGUUUUCGCUCGCUUCAAACGUGCUCUCUCUGACAACACCGAGCGUCCCCUGCCUCUUUCUGAGGACGCCCUCUAUCCGAGCAGCAGCCCAAGUCUUCACGGCAACACGGACGUGUUGACUCGCUUCAAACGCGCUCUCUCUGACAACACUGAGCGACCUCGGCACGACUCCCCACAUCACAGCCCAUAUGAUGCUGCUGCUGUCUCGUCCUAUGCUGCCUCCUUUCAGCACUCCACACACACCGCCUCUCCAUCUCCAAAGCCAGAUGCAUAUGGAAUCCCCGUGCACGCUACUCCCGUGUACCCUGCUCCAUUGUCCCUCAAGGAGGUGAGUUUGGAUGAGCAGCAGCAGAGGCAGCAGCAGCAGAAGCUGCAGCAGAAUAUUGAGGAGGAGUGGAGGGGGAUGGGUGAGAGGGGUGUGGAGCUGAAGGAGGAGAGAAAGGAAGAGCAGGAGGCGGAGGAGGGAUCUGCUCAGAAGCACCACGCAGAAAGUGCACGAAAAGGGAACACGAUUUCAUGGAUGGACUUGAGCUACAACUUCUCGACUGCUUUUGAGUCGACUCAAAAGGAGGCAGAGGAGAGGUGUGCUCCGAAGCAACAUACGACAGCGGCACGAGACAACACGGCACGAGAGGAAAGCACGAUUUCAUGGAUGAACCUGAGCUACAACUUCUCGAUUCAUCCUGGUGACUCACAGGAUUCCAAAAUCGUACGUUCUUAUAUUGAGGAGCUUGUUGCCGGUGGUCGUUCUGACAGCAAGGAGGAUGCCGGUGGUGGUGUGUGUGCUUAUAACGAAGCCCUUGCUGAGUGUGUGUAUGGGGAUGAUCCCUUCUCGAUUGCUCUGAGGGAGAGCAUUUUUAGAAAGGAAGAAGGGAGCAUGGGAAGUGGCUGUAGCAGAACAGCACACAGGAGCAGCAGUGUGGAAAGGAGCAUGCAGGGGAUGGGUUGUAUCUCUCCUGAAACCCAUGACGGCAAGGAUCGCGACAACACCGCAGGAGUGCAAGUGUCGCAUGCGAACGCACCUUUGAACGCGCCCUUGAACCGACCUUUGUUCCGACCCUGCGGCGCCGUGACAGUAUUGGGAGCAUGGGGAGUGUGGGCAGUGCAAACUUG